AUGGCAAGGCAUCUAGAAAGUUCACAUGAAAAUAAGUCUGAUGUGGCUAGAGCUCUAAGCUUUCCAAAGGGUUCAAAGGAGAGGAAAAACCAGCUUGAUUAUAUUCGCAACAGAGGAAACUAUGCUCACAAUGCAGCUGUUAUGGAGUCAGGAAAGGGCGAACUAGUGCCAUUUAAACGACCACAACUCCUUGUUAAGCAGAGAGAGGCGUGUGGGGUUUUAAAAGACAAUGCCUAUAUGUUUGCUAGACCAGAAGCCAUGACACAUUUCCGAGGUGCUGAACAUGACCGACACCGAGAUGGACAGCUGGCAAACUUUCUCGGGCACGACAUCAGAAUCCAUCGUGAGUUCUAUCGACUCCCUGAGAAGACCCUGCAACUAGCCAAGAUCAGCAAAGUUUUAAUGGCUCUUGAGCAAGGAAGAUUAGCUGAGUUCCAUGGCAAGAACUUGGAUGAAAUUGGGAUAGAUCCUGAUGAAAAAGUAGUUGACUGUGAUGAGGAAGAACAAGUUAAUGACUGUGAUGAGGAAGACAGGAGCAUACAAGAGGGACACUGUUCAUCUACUGUUGACGCUUCAGCCGAGGUGGCACUUCCUGCUACCGAGAGGAAUAUGUCACACAAGAGAGGCAAACCAUCAUCAGAAGUGCCGAUGUCUUCAGGAGCCAGUGCUAUGAGACCACCUUGCAAAGGUAAAAGUAGCCAGAAGAAAGCUCCCUGGCAGCAGGCAGAGGUGCAGGCGGUGGAAAGGCACCUGAAGUCAUUCAUCAUAUCUGGCACUGUACCAGCAAAGAGUGACUGUGAGAAAUGCUUGAAAGCUGAACCACAAGCUCUGAGGAACCGCGAUUGGAAGACAGUAAAAUUUUAUGUUUAUAAUCGCAUUACAGCUUUCAAAAAGAAAUUGCAGUGCAGAUAAUACUGUAAAGAUGCAACUAUCUGGCAUGGCAAGUUUUGUUAAAGUUAAAGCCACAGCAGCACUUAAAGAAAUAGAAUAACUUAAACCGUUAAACCAGUGCAAGGCCACACGCUGAAAGCAUUGGUCUAACAAAAGUUGAAAUCCAUGUUUGUGAAAGGAAGCAUGGUGAGAGUU